AUGGCUGGAGCCUUCCCACCACAGCCUGAUCUGACACCGAAGGCUCUAUCAGCUACAUUAAGUACCGACGAUAUCCCUUCGAUCGAGUCAACAAUAAUAUCAUUCAAGCGCUCGCACGGAUUCUCCAUCAUGCGUUUCUCAGCUACCCUCCUCCUCGGUGCUGCUUCUGCGGCCACCGCCGGAACAGCUGGUCAAAGAUCAUCCCUGAUGGCUAUUAAAGGGGUCUUCGAGCGCCAGUCGACCAUCUGCCAAACCGUUCCAGCGCCAGCCACCUGCGAGAAGUCCUGUGGACCAGGAAACAUCCAGUGCAUCAGUUUUCCCACCUGCUACAACCCCAGUGCUGGCGAGAGCUGCUGCUCAGACGGAAAUUACUGUCCGGCAGACUCCUACUGCACCAACGCCGGCUGCUGCCCCGUUGGAGCAACGCUCGCCGAGUGCGGAGCAUCCUUCACACUGAGCGUCAUCCUGCCUCCAGCCGCGACCACUAGCGUCCCGGUCCCCGUCCCCGAGACGACAAGCUCCGCCGAAGUCAUCACCACUAUAGUCUCGACCUCUACAUCUGUCAGUACGAUUGGGGAGACUGCAAGCACCGCGUCCUCCAGCUCGGGCAGCUUCCCUUCCUCCAGCGCCACGGUCGUGCCCAGCACUGACAUCUCUGCGCUUGUCCCAACUCCAUCCGCCCCGAGUACCAGCUCACACAACUCGACUUCUACGACCAGCUCGGCCCCGCUCCAGAUCACCAAUGCGGCACAGAAGCUGGGAUCGGAUGCUGCGCAGCUCGUACUCGGGGGCCUCGGCGUCCUCCUCAUGAUGCUCUAA